GUAAUGGGAAAGUCCGCAAUUUUUUCCCCAAAAAAAAUAUUUUUCAGGCCUCAGAUAUUUUGCAAGAAGCAGUUCUUUAUAUUUAUGGAAUUGCAAUAUUUUCUCUGUAUUAUUACAUUUCUAAAGCAAACGAAAAACAUACUGUUUCACAUGAUGACUUGAAUGAAAUUGUUGAGAAAAUUGAAGAAAGAUUUGAAAUUUUACAAAAGGAAAUUGAUAAUUUAAAGAAAAAUGAGAAGGAUGUUGGUUGGUUUUCUUGGCGUAAUAGUGAAAGAAAAACAUUUUUGCCUCCUCAAAGACCAUUAGAAACAGAAAAAUUGACAAUCUCUAGAAGUGAAGCAAUGAAAAGAUUAGCGGAUUAUGACAAAAUUGCUGAAUAGAAAUUUAUUUAUUUUUUUGUAUUUUUUGCGGACAAAUUUUUGCGGACACAUUUUGCGGAUGCCACAAAAAGAAUUUUUUGUUUUGCGGACUAUUUUUGCGGAUGUCCGCAAAAAAUUUUUUUUCCGCAAAAAAUUUGCGGACAAUUAAUUUAAUAAGGGGAAUAUUCAAAUCUUCUUGUUAUUGACCGCAAAAUUUGUGUCAGCAAAAAUCAGAAUUUCUGAAAUUUUUGGUUUUCUUCCCUAGAAUAUUCAGGAAGGCUCUAAAAAAGUUUUUUUGUAUUUUAAAUUUUAUUUUGUAAAAAUUAAAAAAAAAUUUUGUUUUUUUUUAAUUUUUUAAACGAUUUUUAUUUUCGUUUUUUAUUUUUUUAAAUUUUUUUAAAAUUUUUAAAAUUAAUUUACCAGUUAAAUGUUGCAAGAUUUAAGUACUCGAUGUGCAAUAUACACAAAACAACAAGAUGGGACAUUUACUCAAUGUGCAAAUUUUGCGUUUACGCCGAUAAAUGGAGGAAUUCAAUUUGAUAAAAAUAUUCCCUUUUUUGUGGAGGAGACAGACAUUUCAACACUCUUCAUUUGCCGUCCCCAUUAUUUAUUAAUUCAAAAUCCAUCAGAAUUUAAUAAUUUAAACAAUCAAAUAAAUAGUCAAAAAGAAGAGGAGGAUUUUAUUGAAGAAUUUACAAAUUUUGUCCAACAAAUUUCCAACAAAAAACAAAUUAAUUUUAAUCAGUCUGAGGAAUAUUUAAAAAGUCAAUUGAUUACAAAAAAUUUAUUGGAGAAAUAUCGCAAGCCAGUAAAUUAUGCACAAAUGAAUGAAUCAACGAGGAACAGAUUCGAUUCCCUUUCAACAACAGCUUUGCGAAGAUAUAAAAAAUUCUUUAAAUUGCCGAAUAGGUCGGGGGCAAUUUCUAAACAGCAGCUUCUCGAUGGAAUAAAUGAACAUUUUAGGAAUAUAGUAGCUGAACCUAAAGAGGUUAUGACAAAUUUUAUGUUUACAAUAAAUAAUAAAUUAAAUUGUGUUGAUAAUUCUAGUGAAGAGAAUAAAUAA